AUGGGCUUCUAUGGCUCUGGGUGGUUGCUGUGGCCGCUGCCACCCUUGCUGUUGCUGCUGUUGCUACUGGGCCCCAUGAGGACCGGAGCCCAACAGCAGCUGAACCAGUCCAGAGAUCAAGAGGAACCGUUCUGGUCAGGAGACCAAGAGGAGCUGGAUGGAGACAGAGAGGGAUCUGGGCUUGUCCCGCCAUGGGAGAUCCACCACUGGCCAACAGCCGCCAUGUACAGGAGCUCUGAGAGUGCCUGGAAGGUGCCCAACACCUCCUUGGUGGUAUUCAUGGAAUCCCAAAGGCAGCAGAUGGAGAGUAUUGUCCAACACCUGCAGAGCCAGGCUGCUGACAAAGGCUUCAUAUUCGAAGUGCUGCACGUCUUCAAAGACCUCUUUCCUGGCAUCCUGAUAAAGUCAGACGUGAGCAUGCUGGACCUGGUCCUGAAUCUGAGGCAGGUGAAGUUCAUCGAGGAGGAUUCCUUUGCCUUUGCACAGAGCCUCCUGUGGAGCCCACAUCUGAUGUCCCCUCAGCGGAACCAGAUUCGGAGCACCCUGUGGAACCUGCGGCGGAUUUCUCCUGAGUGGAACGAGUCUCAUAGCUUCAACCACAGCAACCAGGACAACCCUGUGGAGGUGUAUCUCUUGGGCACUAGAAUCCAGACUAAUCACCUGGAAAUCAAGGACAGGAUCAACAUCUCUGGCUUUGAGAGAGUGCCUGAGGAGGAGUGGCAGAACACCAGUGCGCCCAGGACACAGGGCAAUUGUGAAGGCCAUGGCACCCACCUGGCAGCCCUGGUCAGUGGCCAGAGUGUUGGCGUGGCCAAGGACAUCAACAUACACAGCCUGCGUGUGCUGAACUGCCAAGGGAAGGGCACGGUCAGCGGCAUCCUCAUGGGCUUGGAGUUUCUUUGGAAAAAGCUGGUCUCCAAUCCCUCCAAGCGCAUGGUAGUGCUGCUGCCCCUGGUGAGUGGGUACAGCCAGAGCAUCAACAAUGCCUGCAAGCGCCUGGCAAGGGCUGGAGCAGUGCUGGUGGCCGCUGCGGGCAACUUUCAGAGAGAUGCCUGUGCCUACUCUCCAGCGUCGUCUCCUGAGGUCAUCACCGUUGGAGCUGUCGAUUCCCAGGACCAGCCGGUCACCCAGGGUCCUCUGGGGACCAACUAUGGAUCCUGUGUGGACAUCUUUGCUCCUGGGAAAUGCAUUGUCAGUGCCUCCAAGGAGUGUAAUGCUUGCUAUGUAACGCAGAGUGGAACUUCGCAGGCGGCUGCCCAUGUGGCUGGCAUUGCAGCCCUGAUGCUCACUGCCCAGCCAAACCUCACUGUGGCUGAGCUGAGGCAGAGGCUGAUCCACUACUCUAUCAGCAAUGCUAUCAAUGACACCUGGUUCCCGGAGGAGGAGCGAUUCAAGACUCCCAACCUGUUGGCUGCACUGCCCCCCCGCACCCAGGAAACAGGUGAACAGCUGUUCUGCAGGACUGUGUGGUCAGCACCCUGGAACAUCACACUGGCAGAACCUGCUGAGGCUGAGUGUAACCCGGAGGAGGAGCUGCUGGGCUGCUCCAGUUUCUCUCCUAGUGGGACACGGGUUGGCGAGCAUGUGGGGUUCCUAGGGAAAAGACCCAUUUGCCUGGCAUUUGGAGAUAGCCAGGUUUCUGCGGUGGCCAGAUGCUGCCUGCUCCCCCGAGCGAACUGCAGCAUCCACACAGCUCCUCCAGCCUUGGUGGGGCUGAAGACCUACACCCACUGCCCGGAACCUGACCAAGUCCUCACAGGCUGCAGCUCCCAUUGGGGGAUAGAUCUUGAUGUCUAUCAGUAUACUUCAAGGAAGGAAAAUCCUCAGACCUGCCAGUGUGUGGGGCACCCGGAGGCCAGUGUCCAUGCUUUUUGCUGUCAUGCUCCGGGCCUGCAGUGCAAAACAAAGAAGUACAGCCCAUCACGCCUCCUGGAGAAGGUCACCGUGAGCUGUGAUGCAGGCUGGACCCUGACCAGCUGCAAUGCCCAUCCUGAGUCCUCAAUCACCCUGGGAGCUUUCCCUGUGGACAACACCUGUGUGGUGAGGCACCGGGAUCCUGAGGAAACAGAAAGGACCAGUGAGGAAGGACAAGUAACCAUCACUGCCAUCUGCUGCCGCAUCCAGCCUUCAGGACAAGCAUAG